AUGGUUGGAAAGGGCAUCGAUAUGGAGGCGCUGUCGCCUAGGGAUGCUAACGCCAGGCGUCCUCGCACCAACGUUGCCGACCUCAAGACAAAAGCAGCUGCGCAGCUUAAGGCCAGCAAGGACAAGGAGCACCCGCCGCCGCCACCGCCAAAUGUUACCGAGCCGCCAAGCGCCGACCGCAAGGAUGGAGCCGUUUACCAGGUGGGCAAGCUGCUAGGCAAGGGCGGCUUCGCUGUGUGUUACUCGGGCGUUUUAGCCGGCACGAAGAAGCUUUAUGCACUCAAGAUCGUCAAGAGCAAAAUGCCGACCAAGAUGGAGCAGAAGUUCCAAACCGAGCUCCAGAUCCACUCCAAGAUGCGCCAGGUGAAUAUUGUCCAGUUCUUCCGCGCCUUCUCCUUCGAGAGCUCUACGUACCUCGUGCUCGAGCUGUGCCCCAACGGCUCGCUCAUGGAUAUGGUCAAGCGCCGCAAAGGUGUCACCGAGCCAGAGGUGCGGUUCUACGCCGUCCAGAUCGCCGGCGCUAUCAAGUACAUGCACGCCAAGGGUAUCAUCCACCGCGACCUGAAGAUGGGCAACAUCUUCCUUGACAAGAACAUGAACGCCAAGAUUGGCGAUUUUGGCCUCGCUGCUCUGUUAGUUACCGGCCGCGAUAUGCAGACCAUCCGGCGUACAACACUCUGCGGCACGCCCAACUACAUUGCGCCUGAGAUCCUGGAAAAGGGAAAGAAAGGCCACGACCAUAUGGUCGACAUCUGGAGCUUGGGCAUCAUCAUGUUUGCCAUGCUCACAUCAAAGCCGCCAUUUCAGUCGUCGACAACAGACGAAAUUUACCGUCGUGCAAAGGAGCGUGAUUACGAGUGGCCGACAGCCGACGGCCGCUUCAUCAGCGAGGAGGCCAAGCACGUCGUGGCCUCUAUGCUGCAGGAAGCACACAUGCGCCCCGAUCCCGAUGCCAUUGUUGAGCACCCCUUUUUUGUGACGGGCUAUAUGCCCACACCCGCAGACAUGACCGUCCGUCUACGGGAACUGCCCCCCGAGCACGACGUCUUCUACCAGCACCCCGUCAGCCGCCGCAUCCAAGCCCAGAGCCUCGAGACUCUCAAGGAGAUGUGUGAUACAUGCAACGUGGGACCGUGGAACCCGACCAAGAUUGUCUCGAAGCCAGUUUGGCGCGAGAUGGCCGCCGAGGAGCAGGCUGGCUUGACUCCAGCCAUCCCGCUCUCUGAUGAUAUUGUGUACCGCCCGUUUGAGAGCUGGCUUCAGGAGAACCAGCUCUUCCAGGGUGGCAGCAGCACAAGCGCAAAUACCAACAGCCGUCGUCGCAAACGCAAUGGAAGCUUCAGCAAAGCGCUCAGCAGCAGCAACUCUCUCGAUGGCGCCGGUAAGCCUACUUCGAGAGCCGCCGCAGAGUUUCGCCGCUCAGCAGCGGGCACAGGGUCGUCCCACACGAAGCAGCGGCCUUGCUGA